AUGGCAGCUAGUGAUGCGGCUCCCGCGGAUUCAACGACAGAUGAAGCUCCGGGAGAUGAAACUCUGGCAGAUGUAGAACAAGCUGGGCCGCCUGAGGCGCCCCCCCGCUGGGCAGCGCCCUUGGCAGGUGCUGUGGCUGGUGGGUUGGGUGGUGCCAUUGGUAGUGCCAUUAGUGUGUCGUUGGCCCCUGUGACUGUAUUGGCUGGUGUGGCAGUGACCGUGGCGGCCGGUGGGGCCUUGGUCACCAGGGCUCUGCGCCAAACAGAGGCUUCAAGUGCUGAAAGCACAGCAGUGCCAGAAACACCAGCGAACGCGUCAGAGCUUCAGCCGCUGGGCGACGGUGUGGACAGAAGCGUGCCAGCAUCUCCAGGAAAUUCGGUGGUUGGCAGUGAGGGCUAUCAAGAGGCACCCAGCCAAUCAAACCCUGAAGGCCAACCACUCCAAAGCUAUGCAGACGGGCUUUUGGGGGAGCGAUCCCUGAUGGAGCGCCUCCGCCUCCUGCUACGGUUGCACGACAAGCGUGAUGAAGCCGCCCUUCAGCAGUUUUGUGCCACUGAGGGGUUUUCUUGGCUUGGGGCUAGCAGUGGUGCAGGAUGCUUUUUGCGACAGGUGGGUGAACUGAGGGAGGUCUUUUUCCUGGGUUCUGAAGCUGAUUUUCAGAGCCGACCAGAGGCAUUCACCACUUGUUGGCUGCAUACGAAUGCGCAAAUUCAGCUGCAACCAUUAGAUGCUUUGAUUUGCCCAGAAGCUACGAUACCACGAGGGCAUGUGCACACUGGCUUCCAAACCAGUUACCUCUCCAUUGCAGAUGAACUGCUGGAAGCUCUCCAGGAAUCUUCUGGACCUGUUUGCCUCAUGGGGUAUUCUUUAGGCGGCGCAUUGGCGACGCUGGCUGCCGUGCAUUUGUGCUGCAGCGGUUUCACUCAGAUCGAUUUGAUCACUUUCGGCAGUCCCCGUGUGGGAAAUGAAGUCUUUCGAGAUUGUUUCACCGACGCAUGUGUAAGGCCCAACUAUGUCCGCGUGGCCAGAUACGUCAAUACACUGGACAUUGUUCCCCAUGUGCCUUUUAACCCAGAGGAUCUUGACUCCACAAGGCAAGGCCAACUAUGGCGGCGUGUGGAAGAGGCAUUGACAAUUCCCCAGCAACAACUUGCCGGCAGCUCAUCUCUCUAUGGGAGCUAUGUACAUGUGGUGCCUGGAACAGUUCUAGACGGCCUUUCGAGCAGUGUGGCUGGAGUUGUGUCGCGCCUGGCCAACAUGGCGGCCGAGUCGGAGCGUUUGCGUGUGGCUGCAGCAGUGCCGCUGGAAUUGGUGGCUGAACAUGGCCUAAACAAAUACCUCAGCACCUUGCAGGAAGCUUCCAAGCCUGCAUGGCUUUGCUUAUCCAACCGGCUGCUGGCAGUCACCAGCCCGGUGCACAAUGCCUUGCUACAGCUGAGGAGUCGGGAGGCCACAGUGGCCACUAUGGCCAUGCCCUCUGCUGCGUCGCCGUCCUCCUGGGGCAUUGCCAUGGCAUCCGCCGAAGCGACAUCUUCGGGCAUCGUGGCUGGGCUGCUGCUGCCGCAGCUGCUGAGUUCAGCCGUUUCGGCCGUGGGCUGCUACUGCGUGGCCCAGAAGGUGAACCAGGUGUCACAGCAUUUGCAGGACCACACGGCAGAGACAGCCAGGUCCAGUGAGGAGUUGCAGCUUGAACUUCAGCAGCUGAAGCUGGAACUUUCGAAUGCUCACAGCAGUGUGGUCUCCGCUUUGCAGAACCUCUCGGAUCUCCUGCGCCGCCGGAGCUGCGAGGAUUUGUUGCGCCGCAGCCGGGUGGCACAGCGCCACCUUUGGGAAGAAGUGGAGGUGUUCCUGGCCAACCCAGGUGAAGCCGGACAUGCCCAGAUGGUGCGCGAAGCCUGUGGAGAGCUUCGCAAGGCUGCAGCCGAGGUAUUGGAGAUGAUCCAUGAAUCGGUCAAUGCGGAGGCGACCGAGGUGGCUCAGUACUGGCAGGUGGUUCUGUCUGCCUAUCGCUUGGUGCUCUGGGCCACUGCCUUGGCGGAUGGGAACAACGCCGCUCUGCGGGCUGCGCAGGCGCUACAGAACAUCCUGGCGCCACUGGGGCAAUUCUUCUGGCAACAUUUGGCCACGGGUCAGGAACCGUGGCUGUUGGCACUUGAACGUCAACGGGUUCAUUUCCUGUCCAUUGCGACGGCCAUGAGUUCUGACAGAGAUCCCUUCGGCCAAAGUCAGCCUCAAGCCGACCGUCUCUUCACUUGCCUCGGCCUGGAUCCUGGGAGCCUCGAGAUUCGCCUGUCGUUAGCAUGUCACUUCGCCCUGGGCUCGCCUUCGUGUCUAUCCUUGCCUGUAGCCUCGCUCCAGUGGCUGGAGCGCUUGGAUGACGAGUUCCUGCAGGGUCUGCACCACGUGUUGCGGGGAGACCUCGGCAUGGCCAUGGAGCGAUGGAACCACUUAGCCAGUCGCAGGGAUUUGGCGCCUGGGCUGCGGCAGCUGGAGCUACCAGAGGACGUUUGGUGCGCCCUGGCGCGCGGUGCCCGGCCGCCGUUGAUGGAAGCGUUACUGGCGGCACAGCGGCUCCCCGCACCGGUACAGAGAGAACUGCAAGAUGCGGUUGGAGCAGGCCUUGCUGUGCGCAAGAGCGCGGCUGGCAAGGUGCGAUCCUUCAAGGAGGUCCUAGGCGCUGCAGAGAUGAGCAUCGAGGACUUUGCAGACGUGGUGCGAUCCGUCAAGGAACGCCACAAGCACCAGGUGAAGCGGCUGACAGUGGGCAUGAAGGAUUUGAAAAGUCUAAGAAUUCAAGCUGGCGCAAGCGAGGCCGAGGUGAUAGAGGAGAUUGACAAGUUUCUGGACCGCUUCGUUCUUUCCCGCAUCGGUAUUGAGAUGUUAAAUUCCCAGUACUUGUCCAUGUUCUCACAGAACUCGGGGAUCGCUGAUCCGCACUGUGACCCCUGCGCCAUAGCUCGGAAGGCUGCACGCUUUGUCUCUUUGGCCCAAUUCUGGGGAGUGGUUUGGGUGGCCCUGUGGAUCUACGCGUGA